AUAAGUAAAGAUGACUUAAUGAGGUAAAAUCUCUUACAGGGCGAUGACGAGAUAAACAUCAGGAGGAGAAGAUGGUGAUGAACUGAAGGCUGAAGUAUAAUACUACGAUAACAUUACUAAAAUCAGUUUAGAUAUGAAUGAAGAAGAUGAUCAGCUGAUGACUGAAGAAAGAAAAGAUCAGCAUGUCCAGCAGAGAAAGUAGAGCUAUUGUUCGCAGUUCUGCUCGCAAAAGAAGUCAGAGCAAAGAGAGAGACCCUCCCUUAAUGAGCACUGAUUCUCCUCUGAGGAUUCUUCUCCUGGGUAAAAGUGUGUCUGAGAACAGCCGUGUGGGAAACUUGAUCUUGGGUCGAUCAGCGUUUGACAGUGAAGCUCCUCCAGAUGUUGUGGAGAGAGUCGGAGGAAGACUGAAGCACAGACACGUGACGCUCAUCAACAGUCCUCAGCUGCUCCACACACACAUCUCAGAUGAUCAGAUCACACAGACGGUCAGAGAGUGCGUGAGUCUGUCUGAUCCAGGACCUCAUGUGGUGCUUCUGCUCCUCCAACAUCAGCAGUGUUCAGCAGAAGAUCAGGAGCGUGUGGAGAAGCUGCAGGACUCUUUCUCUGAGCGCCUUCUUCAACACACCCUGGUGCUCAGCACACAAGAGCCCACUGAACCCAAUCAGAUCCUGCAGAAGAUCAUCCAGAAGUGCUCCAACAGACACUUCAGUCUUCAGACAAGCAGCUCUGCUGAUCAUCUUCUGCAGGCCUUUGAGGACAUCGAGCGGAGCAAUGAGGGACGACACCUGAUUUCUGGAGACUCGCAGUGUUCCACAGUGGAGAAACGGGACACACAGACACACUCUGAGAAGCUGAAUGUGUUGGUGUGCGGGAGCGACGGCUCACUGAAAUCCUCCAUCUCAGAGCUGAUCCUGCAACACACACACAGAAGAUCAGAGAGUGUGAGGACAGACGUGAUCAAUGUGCUGGAGCUUCCAGCUCUGUUCAACACUGAGCUCUCAGAGGAGGAAGUGAUGCGUCAGACUCUCCGCUGUGUGUCUCGCUGUCAUCCUGGAGUUCAUGCUUUCCUCCUCAUUAUUCCUGACGCUCCACUCAAUAAUGAAGACAGAGCAGAAAUGGAGGAGAUCCAGAAGAUCUUCAGCUCCAGAAUCAACAAACACAUCAUGAUCCUCAUCAUGCAGAACUCAGAGCAUCAGACAGCAGAACUCAAUGAAGAAACAGAAGCUGUCAUUCAGAGAUUUGGAGGAAGACAUCAUCACUUCAGUCCUGAAACACAAGUGUCCACAUUGAUGGAGAACAUUGAGCAGAUGCUGGAGGAAAACAGAGGAGGUGUUUACUCCACAGAGACAUUCCUGGAGGCGCAGAUGGAAAAACUGGUGAAAUAUGAAGAGAUGAAAAUUAAGAAAAGUAAUUUACUGGAGACACCACUGCUGACACAAGGUUCAAGAGUAAACACAGAGGAUGAAGUGAGGAUUGUUCUUCUGGGCAAAACUGGAGUUGGGAAAAGUACAACGGGAAACACAAUCUUAGGAAGAAAGGCUUUUACAGCAGAAACAUCUCACCAAUCAGUGACUAAAGAGAGUCAGAGAGAAUCAUGUGAAAUCAAUGGCAGACAGGUCACUGUGGUCGACACUCCAGGACUGUUUGAUACUGAACUCACUGAAGAGGAGAUCCAGAGAGAAAUCAGACACUGCAUCUCCAUGAUUCUGCCUGGACCACACGUGUUCAUCAUCGUGCUCAGUUUAGGACAGAGAUUCACUAAAGAGGAGGAAACAUCAGUGAAGAUCAUCCAGGAGACGUUUGGGGAAAACUCUCUGAUGUUCACCAUAGUGCUCUUCACCAGAGGAGACUCUCUCAUGAAUAAAUCCAUUGAAGAGUUUCUGGGUAAACCUGGAUCUCCUCUGAUGAACCUGAUUGAAGCUUGUGGACACAGAUAUCAUGUGUUCAACAAUAAUCAGCCUGAAGAGCGAACACAAGUGUCUGAUCUACUGGAGAAGAUAGACAACAUGGUGAAGGCAAACGGAGGAAGCUUCUACUCAUGUAAGAUGUUCAGAGAGAUGGAGAGAGAAAAACAAGAACAACAGAUGAAGAUCCUGAUGGACAGAGUCAGAGAAACUGAAGAAGAGAAAGAGAGAAUGAAGAUGAUGAUGGAGGAAGAGCGACAGAAGCAGGAGAAGGAGAGAAAGAGGAGAGAAGAAGAACUGAAGAGAGAAAUAAGAGAAGGAGAGAAACAUCAGAGAGAGAUGAAAGAGGAGAUGAAGAGAGAACGAGAGACAUUUAGACACGAAAUAGAGGAAAUCAGGAGAGAAAAAGAGAAACUGCAGAUCAAACAUGAGACAGAAACAGACAGACUGAUGAAGAGAAUAGAGGAUGAACGACAGAAUCAUGAAACAGAGAGAAAGAGAAGAGAAGAAGAGUUUAAUGAGAGAGAAGAACGAUAUGAAAGAGAAAUAAACAAGAGGAAACAGAGUGAAGAAAAGAUGCUGGAGCAGAUGAGCAGAGAACGAGAGGAAUGGGAGAAACAAACAAGAAGAAGAGAUGAAGAUGAUGAGAAAAGAAGAGAGAAAGAACAGAAAGAAUGGAGUGAGUUUAAUGAGAAACUGAAAGCAGAGAAAGACAGAAUGGAGAGAGAGAAAGAAGAUCUUCAAUCUAAACAUGAAGAAGAAGAAAAGAAGAAGAAGAUCCAGAUAGAGGAACUGAACAGAGAAAGAGAAGAACUGAUGAAGAAACACGAAGAAGAGAAAGAGAGAAUGAAGAUGAUGAUGGAGGAAGAGCGACAGAAUCAGGAGAAAAAGAAGAAGAUGAGAGAAGAAGAACUGAAGAGAGAAAUAAGAGAAGGAGAGGAACAUCAGAGAGAGAUGAAAGAGGAGAUGAAGAAAGAACGAGAGACAUUUAGACACGAAAUAGAGGAAAUCAGGAGAGAAAAAGAGAAAAUGCAGAUCAAACAUGAGACAGAAACAGACAGACUGAUGAAGAGAAUAGAGGAUGAGAAGAAGAAAAGAGAAGAGGAGAAUACAGAAAGAGAAGAGAAAUUUACAAGACAGAUCAGGGAGAAAGAGGAGAAAGAGAGAGAGAUGAAAGAAGAGAUGAAGAGAGAACGAGAGGAAUGGGAGAAACUGAAAGAAGAAAAAAAGAAGAGAAGAGAUGAAGAGGAUGAGAAAAGAAGGGAGAAAGAACAGAGAGAUUGGGAUGUGUUUAAUGAGAAACUGAAAAAAGAGAAAGACAGAAUGGAGAGAGAGAAAGAAGAUCUUCAAUCUAAACAUGAAAAAGAAGAAAAGAAGAUGAAGAUCCAGAUAGAGGAACUGAACAGAGAAAGAGAAGAACUGAUGAAGACACAUGAUGAAGAAAAGGAGAGAAUGAAGAUGAUGAUGAAGGAGGAACGACAGAAUCAGGAGGAAGAAAAGAAGAGAAGAGAGGAACUGAUGAAGCAAUAUGAAGAAGAGAAAGAGAGAAUGAAGAUGAUGAUGGAGGAAGAACGACACGUUCAGGAGAGAGAGAAGAAGAGGAGAGAAGAAGAACUGAUGAAGAGUCACAACAAAGAGAAAGAGAGAAUCAAAAUGUUGAUGGAGGAAGAAAAGAAGAAUAGAGAAGAACUGAUAAAGAGUCAUGAAGAAGACAAAGAGAGGAUGAAGAUGAUGAUAGAGGAGGAACAACAGAAGCAGGAGACAGAGAGAAAGAAGAGAGAAGAACUGAAGAGAGAAAUAAGAGAAGGAGAGGAACAUCAGAGAGAGAUGAAAGAGGAGAUGAAGAGAGAACGAGAGACAUUUAGACACGAAAUAGAGGAAAUCAGGAGAGAAAAAGAGAAAAUGCAGAUCAAACAUGAGACAGAAACAGACAGACUGAUGAAGAGAAUAGAGGAUGAACGACAGAAUCACGAAACAGAGAGAAAGAGAAGAGAAGAAGAGUUUAAUGAGAGAGAAGAACAAUAUAAGAGAGAAAUAAACAAGAAGGAAGAGAAGAUGCUUGAGCAGAUGAAGAGAGAACGAGAGGAAAAGAAGAGAAGAGAAGAGGAUGAGAAAAUAGAGAAAGAACAGAGAGAAUUUAAUGAGAAACUGAAAAAAGAGAAAGACAGAAUGGAGAGAGAGAAAGAUCUUAAACAUGAAGAAGAUGAAAAAAAAAUGAAGAUCCAUAUUGAGCAAAUGAACAGAGAAAAAGAAGAACUGAUGAAGAGACAUGAGGAAGAGAUAGAGAGAAUGAAGAUGAUGAUGGAGGAGCGACAAGAGAGAAAGAGAGAAAGAAGAGGGGAGAGAAAAGAAACAGAAAUGCAAUUUAACUUAAUAAAAGAGGAGAAUUUGCUAAAAGAAGAGAAAAGGAGACAACAAGAGAAAUGGGAGGAACCAAAUGUGCAAAGUCUUACAAGCUGCACACGACUGCAGGACAAUGGUAACAUUAAUAUCGUCCUCCUGGGGAAAACCGGAGUUGGGAAAAGCUCAUCAGGAAACACCAUACUGGGAGAAAACAGAUUCAGAAGUGGAAGAAGCCUGUCUGCUGUCACAGAUACAUCCAGCAUUGAGAAAUCAGUCAUUAAUGGCAGAUCUGUGUCCGUCAUCGACACUCCUGCAUUUUUCUGUACUAAUCUUCCUAAAGAGCAGCUGUCGAAGGAGUUAGCGAGGAGUGUUUAUCUCUCUGCUUCAGGAGUUCAUGCUUUCUUAUUUGUUGUGCCGUACGGCAGGUUUACAGAGCAGGAGGAGGACAUACUGAAACAAAUGCAAAAAGCUUUUGGUAAAGAUGUGCUGAAGCAUGUUAUUCUCCUUUUCACAUACGGGGAUGAAUUUGACAGAAAGAAUUUUCAGUCAGUGAUAGAUGGGAAUGAAGUAGUCAGGAGAGUCAUACAGAGAUGUAGGGAUUAUCAUGUCUUCAAUAACAGAGAUCUGAAUGACAGACAGCAGGUCAUGGAUCUACUGCUGAAGAUUGACUCAAUGGUAGAGUUUAAUCAAGGGUACUACACUAAUGAGAUGUAUGAAAGAGCACACACGAACACAUUUGAACGCUUCUGGAAAAUACAAAAAGAUAUGUUCUUUGCAUUUAACAAUUAUAGUGCAGAAUUGUUUCAUGGUGCAAUCAAGAGACGUGAAGAAUUAUAUUAUUUUACAGAAAAUGAAUAAUUUAAAUUAUAAAUAUUUUUCUAAAAUAAAAAAAAGAUAAAUAUGUAUAAAGAAAUACAAUCCACAUUUUUGCUAUAUUCUGACUUUCAGGGCUAUAAAUAAUUACAUAAAAACAUAAGGCUGCUUGAUCAUUUGAAUAAUUUAAUGAUCAAUACAAAGUAUAACAUCAUUUACAUAAACCACAUGUGAAUCUGUUUACACAAUAAUAUAAAUAAAACCUUUUGGUACAAAGAAAACUCUUUUUGUUAUGCCAUACAGUCCAUUUUGCUGCAAAUUUCAUUCACUUACUGCUGUUCAGAUGAUCAACAUUAUGAAUGUUUGUUUUUAUUCUUAUUUGUACUCUAUUUUGUUGUUUUUCGUAUGUCUUAUGCAUCUGUUGUAGUUAUUUGAUCAUUUAAUCUACUGUAUUUAUAGCACUCUGGGUAACACUUCAGAAUGCUGGUCCAUCAUUAAUUAAGAACUACACAGGAACAACUGAGCAAAGCAAUUUUAACAAUCUAGUAACUACUUUUUAGUAGGUAAUAGCACACAGAUGGCCGAUAGUUCGACAUUAUAUAAUCAAUAACUGUAUUUUUUAUUCUUCCCAGAUAACUAAUGAGAACGUUUCAUGAUUAAUACAAAAGUAAACAAACAGUUCAAGACAAAUGACCAGCGCCAUUUUAACAUUUGAUCUGAUGUUGUAAACAAAUGCAGAAGACUGUUUACAUGAUCAAUAAAUAACCUAACAGCAGCCUUAUUUCCUACUGCUGCAUAUCUAUAAA